AUGGGAAAGGAUAGGAUAAUCGGUGUCGCCUUGGAUUUUUCCAAGAGCAGCAAAAAUGCUCUGAAAUGGGCACUUGAGAACUUAGCUGAUAAGGGUGACACCAUUUAUGUCAUUCACAUCAGCCCCAAUUCUUUAGACGAGUCUCGCAACCAGCUUUGGUCUACAUCCGGUUCUCCUCUAAUUCCUUUGCAAGAGUUCAGAGAGCCUGAGAUUAUGAACAAGUACGGUGUUCAGAUUGAUAUUGAGGUCCUUGAUAUGCUUGACACUGCUUUUAGACAGAAAGAGGUGCACAUUGUUGCAAAAAUUUACUGGGGAGAUGCAAGAGAGAAACUUUUGGAUGCGAUUGAAGAUCUGAAGCUGGAUUCGCUAGUUUUGGGAAGCAGGGGCCUUAGCACAAUCCAAAGGAUCAUUUUGGGAAGUGUAAGCAACUUUGUGAUGACCCAUGCCUCAUGCCCUGUGACUAUAGUCAAGGAACCAAGCAGCAAGUAA